AUGAUAUGGCGUUCGGUGUUCAGCUCAACACAUGCGUCCCCAUUCCGUCCCGCAAACGCCGCCGAUGCUGUUCGCCUGCGGGAGACGUGCGCUGCCCGACACGCAAACACCGCCCAGUGGAUGGACAGCCAGUACUUGGCCGGUGUUUCGGGAUAUCACGUCAGUGGGGUGCAGUCCGGUGCAUGCUCUGCGAUAUCAACAGCUAGUGGUGGUGGGAUGUCGGUAAUGUCCAGCAUGUCGCAAAUGUCUCUCGGCAAAAUGAGUCAGCUGAGCAUUUGCACACAGCUCACCGAACCUCAUUAUACUCAGGCACCUCCUUACCAAACCACUUCGGGUGCAUCAAGCGUGGAGAACAUCGAUCCGAGCAAUAUCUACGAGAUUAAUCGUCAAGUGAACACACUCAUCAUGAGUUUGCGGCAUGACGAUCCGGAGGUAGACGAAUGGCAUUUGCAGGAGGUCCGACGAAAAGCUGCCAAUUCGGUACAGAGCAUGGCACGACAACGGCUGCUAGCGAUGGUGAGCAACCACGCCACUCUACGGGAGCUGAUUUGCCACUUCCUGCAGUUCGUCCUCGAGCACACCAUCGAGCAGGACCGUUACAUUCAACAAAUUCUCGUCCACAUUAUUGCCAAAUACUUGCUGCCUGAUCAUCCAUUCACCGCAUGGACUGUCAUUGCGUUCACUGCUAUUUUGCGAAAGAAAGACUUGAGAGCUUUCCGAAGAAUGUGUCGAAAUGAAUAUUUUGUACAUCAACUGAUGGUCAUCCUCGCCUCAACUUCAACAUCUCAUAAAUCUCUAAUAAUCGACUCAAUUCGAAUGCUUAUAACACGGAAUUUGCCUUUAAAGGAGUAUUUUGUGCGUAGCAAAGGAAUGGCAAAGUUACUCGAGUUUAUGUCAUGCGAGCACGAAGAGAAAGUGUUACGAUCGAGCGCCACCACUCUUCUGACUCUGAUUUCUACGGAAUCAGCGAAGUACGGUAUCGAGUUCGUGCGAUUAGAAGGAGUGCAGGACAUUGGAAGCACGAUUGCGUCGGUACUGCAACUGAUGGGCGCUCACGAUCCGAUUCUCGUGAAUCACGGCACUGCAUUCUUGCUGAAUGUGUCAGCAAACAGCAUUCGGAACAAAGUGUCGAUGGUCGCUGCACAUGCCCCCGACACUCUGCUUAGCGUGCUCAACCACCGCGACAACUACUUGACGAUUCCGUUAGCGAACGUCCGUCAGCUGAUCGCCUCCAUCACCGACAACGUCUUGAUCUGUCUGACGAAUCUCACCAGAAAUCAUGACGAAUGUGGACGGAAUGCAUGCAUUCAGAUUGCUCUGAAGCCAGACUCAGCCAAGACAUUGUUGAACGUGCUUGCGAGUGGUAAUGUAGAGUGUCAGAAUCGAGUCCUUAUGGUCCUCUACAAUACGAACCUUUGCAUACCCGAUUACAAGUUGUUCUUUCUGGAUACGGUCGACGAUUACAAUCAGUCGAAUCUCAUCACGUUCAUUCUCCGUCUUCUGUGGAAUAACUUCGUACAGUUUAACAACUUCCCCGACACCGAACAAGUUCACCAUCGAAAGCAAAUCGACCGAGUGUUUCGGUUGUUAGCGAUCUUGUCGAAAAGUGAAGAGCUUCUCGAGCAGAUGACUGCCAUUUUCAGAGAGCACAAUCCGUUGCCGUUACUGCGACCGUUCCGCACCAACGACUUUGGCGCCCAUCGGGAUUUCCUCGAGUUUCUCGAUGUUCUCAGUUCGGAUCCGAAAAGGCCUAAGGAAGAGAAAUGGGAUAACGUUGGCUACUUCUUUCAAACCGUUGGAAGAAGUCACGGAUCGGUUAUUGGACCGAUUCAGUUUCUCCAAUUUCUCACCAACAACUCUUUAAUUAAGUCGCUAGGAUACGACAUACGUCGCCUUCCGGCCGAACUGAAAUCUGUGGCGUGGAUGGUCGGAAGGUGGAGGUCAGAGUUCGGUGGCAAGGCGUACUUUCCUACUAUACCAAAAUUCACCUACGGAGAGCAAAUCGACAUCUCCAUAAGUGACAUUGCAAGGAACAGCACACCGUCGUUGAACUAUACGGCAUUCGCGUGGGACAUCAGCGCGCCUGAGAGCGAGCUGGUGGAGAUCCACAGCGAGAACGGCUACAUCUCAGCCACUGAGGAUCCUAAGACCGGUAAAACUAUCAUUUCACUGACUACGGCUAUGAGCAAUGGUGGGUGUCAUGCUAAUGCUUAG